AUUAUCACAUAUGAGAUAGGAUAUCAUAUCUUACAGUCUGGUGGUAGUUGUAUGAUGGUAGAUGAUGAUGACUUUAAUACUGAACUAUUGCAACUACAUAAUUCAACCAAUACUUAUAUCAACAUUACUGGUCUUAAUGAUAUGUCUUACUUUAUUUUUGGUGUACGUGCAUACACUGAUAAUGGAUAUGGAGAAUGGACAGUUAUCACUAAUGAAACAUUAAAACUACCACUGCAGUCAUUAUAUAACUGUGAUACAUCAGACAGUGUCAUUGCUCUUAGUGUGUUAGUGGGUAUAUUGUGUGGUCUACUAACUGUGAGUGUUAUUGUUCAUAUCUACUGCUUUAUGAGACAGAAAAGCCCAUGUACUCUUAAUAAGCAAAAAAAGUUAGUCUAUUUUAAAGUUACUUAUUAAUAUAAUUAUGAUGAUAGAGCUGA